AUGUCGAAGAAUUUUUAUAAGGAGGUCGAUCCAGCUACAGACAAGUUGAUUGUUGAUAAGGAUACCGACUCUUUACAACAGCAACCUGAGAAGUUAACAGCAUUUAUCCGUGAUCAGAGAUUGAAGAUAGCAGAUGGUGUUGAAGAUACUAAGCAAAAUGUUGAUAAAAUCGUGAAAAAAUGUAAUGAAGCCGAAAAUAAAGUAAAUUCCAAGAUAUCAAGUGUCUAUGCAGAUGAUCGUAGUAAAUUAGGACUAGGGGUCGCCUCCGUAAUUGUUGCAAUGAUGACUGGUUCCAUUAUGUCUAGAAGAGCUGGAAGGAGUAUGAAAUUGAUUACGCCUCUCUUAUUAGGUACUUUUACAGGUUUGUAUGUAUUCCCACGUACCACACAUAAUGUGUGUGAUAGAAUCUAUGACUAUGAAUUGAAACAUUUCCCAGUGUUAGCAAAGAAACAAAGAGAGAUUAAAAGUGAGUUACGUGAAGGCCUUGAAGAUUGUCGUGAUUUCUCAAGAAAAUUUAGAAAGAUGAUUAAUGAAUGGUUUUAG